AUGAUCUCCCGUAGAAAGCACGACGGCGAGGUGCAUGGCUAUGUGGAUCCAACUGUUGAACUCAACCUUGGACUCUGGAUUCUCUUUGCUGGUGCAACCGCCUUUCUUGCUCUUAGAGUAUGGGUCAAAGUAACCCGCCGACAUGGCUUGUGGUGGGACGAUCACAUUCUGCUUGUCGCAUGGGUGAUACUCGCCGUGAACAACUCCCUAAUAACCCUUGAAUAUGCUACCGGCUAUGUUACCAACACAUGGGACGACCGCAUGCACAUUCUCAUCAACGUUACUUCCUGCGGCACUCUCGUCAACCAAUCCCUUACCAAGACAGCCUUCGCAGUCACGUUGCUGAAGCUGACCAAGAACUGGGGCCAAUGGAUCCUCUGGUUCUGUAUUGGGUCCAUGAAUGCCUACAUGAUUGCAAAAGUUGUCCUGCAGUGGGCAAAAGUCUGCGGCAAGAGCUCCUACGACGUCUGGUACCGCCUCGAUAUCUGCCUCCAUCCCAAGUUCCGCGACGACUUCAAGGAGGGCGGCAAUGUCUACAACAUCAUCAUGGACUUUGUCCUCGCAGUCUUCCCAUGGGUCAUCACGUGGAAUCUAGACAUGCGCAGGAUCGAGAAAAUCGGUCUCUGCGUUGCUAUGAGCCUGGGUAUGAUUGUUGCAGUCAUCUCAGCCAUCCGCACCAGCUGGAAGGACGAGGGCAACAUAAAAGACGAAUGGUACUUUUGGCGCAACGCUCACUCCAACAUCUGGUACUCAUCGGAAAUCGUCGGCACCAUCAUUGUCCAGUGCAUUCCCGUCAUGCGUCCUCUUCUCCGCGACAUCAAAACCUCACUCACAUCAAAAAAGCUGGCUUCAUCAGCUGAUGAGUUGACCGCGCGCAGCAAAGGACCCUCGACUUUCGGAUUCGGAUUCGGGCCCGGUCCCACGGUUGGCAGCAGAUCAUCGCACAAAGCACACGUCUACUCGGACGCGCGCACGACCCUCAACGAAACCAAGAGCGAGCCACUGAUGCCCGACUCAUGGGAUAGCCAAGGCAUCUACACCAAGAGGGAAUUCGAAAUGACUAGCAUGGAAGUCAAAGCACAGAGGGGCGACAAUCACAUAGUUUGA